AUGUCCCGAAAUGUUUGGAAAUAUAUCGUCAGCAUUCUCAUCUUGUUCGGCCUCAUCUUCCUGCUGCGCAGCAUCACCAUUGAGCAGAACUGGAACUACCAGAGAGUACCGCCACUGUACAAGGUCCAGAACUGGAUCCAGUCAUCAAACCUCUAUGGAAGCCUCUUAAGGUUUCACCGUAAUCGCACCUGUCCACAUCUGGGCCAGCCGCCAUCAUCUGAAGAAGAGCUGGAGGAACGCAACCUGUUGGACUCCAUCGAUUGGCCCCAGCCGCCGUCUGGCUCCGCACCGCCCGCCCUGACCCAGACGAGUGACCCGGCCCACAGCCUGUUUACAAUCGUCCCCUCCCAAAACGGACAGCGUUGGUACGUGGGCGACCAGCUGGAAGUGCAAGUCCACCUGCACGACUUCAAUGGCCGACAUAAGCGCUACGGCGGAGAUUUGCUGUUGGCUCGGUUGCACUCCCCAAAAUACAAAGCGGGCGUGGCCGGGCAGGUGCUGGACCACAAGAACGGACUUUAUUCCGCUCGAUUCCCGCUUCUGUGGGAGGGCUCGGCUCAGGUCGGGCUCACCAUGGUGCACUCGAGCGAGGCCGUCGCCGUGUUGCGGCGGAUGAGGGAGAAACAGCCUGAUCGGGUGUACUUCUCCAGCAUCUUUCGCCGAGGCAGUCAUUCUGAGAAGAUGGAGUGCAACGUGUGCCUGCUUCAAGACAAGGGGCCGCUGUGCAACUUCACGGACCCUCACUCCGGCGAUCAGUGGUACUGCUACAAGCCCAAAAUGCUCAGCUGCGACACCAGAAUCGACCACGCCAUUGGAGGCUACCUCGAAAACCUCAUCACCAAAAAGGAAUCUUUGCUUUUUAAAAGUGACGUAAACCUCAAGGUUCCCAUCCACGCUUCCACAACAGACACCAUCAAUGUGCUGCCUGCGAGGAACGAAAGCAGCAGUCAAAAACCAGGUCCCGUGCAGCUGGGGACGUCUGGGUACUACUACCAGGACUCGUGGAGGCCAUUUGGCGGCAUCACCAUGCGGCGAUUUGACGAGGCGUCUGCCAUCACAAAGUGUUUGACCAACAAGCUGGUCUACAUGUACGGCGACUCCACCCUGCGUCAGUGGUUCGAGUACCUCCUCACCGUGCUUCCAGAGCUGAAAGAAUUCAAUUUGCAGAGUCCAAAAAAGGUGGGACCCUUAAUGGCGGUGGACAGCACCCACAACAUCCUGCUCGAGUACCGCUUCCACGGCCCACCCACCCGCAUCCAGCCCAUCAGGGUCAGCAAGUUGCGCUACAUCGCCAACGAGCUGGACGGCCUGGCCGGCGGUCCCGACACGGUGGUGGCGCUCGGCAUCUGGGCUCACUUCAGCACCUACCCCGUGGAGGUGUACGUACGGCGCCUCCGGCACAUCCGCAAGGCGGUAGUACGACUCCUGGAUCGGGCGCCGGAGACGGUGGUGGUGGUCCGAACGGCCAACCCUCAGGCCCUGACCCAGGAUUUCAUCCUGUUUAAGAGCGACUGGUUUUCGCUGCAGCUGGACGUGGUGCUGCGCGUCAUGUUCAAGGGUCUCGACGUUCUGCUGGUGGACGCCUGGCAGAUGUGCUUGGCGCACCCGUACCACCCUCAUGACCUGCAUCCUCCUCGGACAAUUGUCCAGAACAUGGUAGACAUGAUGUUGUCCCACGUUUGUCGUGACGGGACAAAGAAGAUUGUUUGAUUUUCAUAAAUCGAAUCAGGUUGAAAGUACAAAACUGUAUACGGCCUCACUGAAAAGGGAAAAAAAAGAC